AUGAGCGAAAAUAUUUUAGCCUCAAGGGUGCAUCGAGUCGUCAACGAGUUCGGCACGACUCCAUUAGCCGGCACACCGGUGGAGGAUAAUAAUCAUGGUACACUGGAAGCAACACCCUCCACGGUGCUGGCGAUGCUGAUCGACGCCAUGCUCAAGUCGCAUCCCAUCUCACAUAAUCUGUCUCAGAAAGCUGUGAAGACGAUUCUCGGGGCAGGAUAUCAUGAUAUUGAACGAUUACGGGAGAGUUCGUGGGAGGAGAGGACGAUGGUCUUGAAGGAUGGCGGGUAUAACCGGUAUAGGGAGCAGGGGGCUACGAAUCUGGGCGAUCUUGCGAAGGUUGUUUGUGAGGAGUAUGAUGGAGACCUGAACAACCUCCUGAAAAAAGCCAAUUAUGACCGAUCUAGAGUUAGAGCUCUCGUCAAGGAAUUCAGAGGAUUCGGGGAUCUGGCUGUUGACAUCUUCUUCGAUAACGUGCAGAGCGUGUGGCCUUCCAUAGCGCCAUUCAUUGAUAGGCGCAGUCUUAACACCGCCGCGGAGACUGGCAUCGGGACGGAUCUGGAUGCCAUUUAUGCCGAAUUGGGACACGAUCCCUUGGAGAUAAGUAAGUUGGCUUCUGGGCUGUCCCUGGUCCGGCUGGAGAAGAAAGUGGGAGAGGUUGAGUGA